AACCUCAAGCUUUUCUUAGUUUUCUCCAAGCUGUUGAAGCACAAAUGGGUGAUCUCAUCCUUUCUCCCGUUGUUGAUACCACCGUAUCCAACCUGAUUUCGGCUGUUGCUCAGCAAGUCAGCCUUGCAGUCAGCUGGAAGCAGGAACUCAUCAUGCUCCAAGACAAGCUAGUCUUGAUUCAGGCUGUGUUGCAAGAUGCUGGACAAAGGCAAGUGACAGACCCGGCUGUGAAGCGAUGGCUCCUCAAGCUCAGGGAAGUGGCUGAUGAUGCUGAUUACAUACUGGAUGAAGUUGCUUAUGAAAGUGUGAAGCGCAGGAUGAAGAUUCAAAAUCAGAUGAUGAAAAAGGUGCGUUACUUUUUUACCCCCAAGAAUCCCUUGGCAUUUGGCUUAAGGAUGGCUCAUAAGAUUAAGAAAGUUAUUGCAAUGGUGGAUGGUAUUAACAAUGAGGCCCAUGGGUUUGGACUUCAAUCCAGACUUGCUACCACCAAUUAUCAACAAAGAAGAAAUUUACAGACCCAAUCUUUUAUUGGUACUUUCUCACAAUUUGUGGGGAGAGAAGAUGAUGUCUCUAAAAUAGUGCAGUUGUUGACUGAUCCAACUGAUGGACUACCCCUGUGUGUCCUGUCUAUAGUGGGUAUGGCUGGUCUCGGCAAAACCACUCUAGCACAGUCUGUGCGUAGUCAUGACCAAAUUCAAAACCAUUUUGGUAAAAUAAUGUGGGUUUGUGUGUCUGAAAAUUUUGAUGUAGAGAGGAUUUUAGCAGAAAUGUUGGAGUCUCUUAGCGAGAAAUCCGAUGCAAUAAGGAACAAAGACACUGUGGUUCAAAAAAUAAGAUCAGCUAUUGGGGAAAAAAAUUAUCUUCUCAUACUGGAUGAUGUGUGGAAUAAAGAGAGUCAGAAAUGGGAAGACUUGAAGAGGUGUUUGUUGGGGAUGUGUAAGAUGUCAGGGAAUAGAGUUCUUGUAACAACUCGGGAUAAAAAUGUUGCAUUGACAAUGGGAACACUUCCCGGGCACAUGCAUUAUCUUGGGCUACUAAAAGAUGUUGAAUGUUGGUCUAUAAUUAAGCUGAAAGUAUUUGGAGAUGCUUCUAAACAUUUAGAUUCAGAAUUGGAGAAUAUUGGACGGGAUUUUGCAAGAAAAUGUAGAGGUGUGCCGUUAGUUGCAAGUGUUAUAGGGGGGAUUUUAUGCACCAAAAGGCCAGAUAAAGCUGAAUGGUUGCCAAUCAAAAGCAAGAUUGAUGCACUGGGUUCACUUGAAUAUCAGGAUGAUGGAAUUAUGCAUAUAUUACAAUUGAGUUUUGAUAACUUGUUGAAGCCAGGUUUGAAGCAAUGUUUUGCAUUUUGUUGUAUUUAUCCCAAAGAUUAUGUCAUGAGAAGGGAGAUUUUAAUUCAGCUAUGGAUGGCAGAAGGGUUCCUUCAAUUGCCUAAAGAAACUUCUAUGAUGCUGGAGGAUAUUGGCGACGAGUAUUUCAAUGACUUGUUAUCAUAUUCUUUAUUUCAACAGGAGUGCAGAGAUUCAUUCGGGAGCAUUGUUGGUUGUAAAAUGCAUGAUUUGAUUCAUGAUUUUGCACAAUCCAUUUCAAAAUCUGAGACAGUGAUUUUGGAGACUCUUUCUUCAAGGAGCAAUAUUUCUAGUUGUAGACAUUUGAAUCUCAUCUGUGAUCAGCAAAUGGUGCCAACAACUUUAGGAGAUGUUGCUCAGCUACACACUUUGUUUUCAAAGCAUGGUUUUCCCCGUGGCAUGUCAAGGAAGUUUAAAAAGUUACGGGUUCUCAAUUUUCCUUAUGCUUUUGAUGCUGAAGAAUUGCCGGCAUGUUUUGGCAACAUGAAGAGUUUGAGAUACUUAGACAUUUCUAGAACUCAAAUAAAAGAAGUGCCCAGGUUCGUUACUAAUCUAUACAAUUUACAAACAUUUAGAUAUCUUAAUUGCAGAUCUAUCAAAAUGCCUCCUGAAGGAAUAGGAAGUUUAAUCAACUUGAGGCACGUUUACUUCUCUUAUGAAGAGAAUAUGCCUGCAAACCUUGGGCGACUGACAAAUCUUCAAACAUUGCCAUUGUUCUUUGUGGGUGCAACAAAGGGGCGUAAAAUUGAAGAAUUGGGAUGUUUAAGCCAAUUGAGAGGAAGCUUAGAGAUCUGUAACCUUGAUCUUGUUAAAGACAAAUCAGAAGCCAUGAGAGCAAAAUUACAUGAGAAGGUAAUUUAUGAGUUGACAUUAUGGUGGGGAAAAAAAGGCAAUCAGGAUGAAGAUGUUUUAGAAGGCCUCCAACCUCACUCAAAUCUGCAAAGAUUAACUGUUGGUGGUUAUGGAGGUAAAAACUUACCGUCAUGGAUGUUGAAGAGUGAUUGUAGUUACAGUAAUGAAAUGUCUUUGAUCGAGAACUUGGUGCUAUUGAGAAUUAUAGAGUGCAAGAUGUUGGAAAGUGUUCCAACAAGUGGGUUACAAUCACUUCAGACACUCGUCAUUUCCGAGUGCUCUGUAAGCAACAUUGGAGAUAUACUACCAGCCUCUAAGUGCCUUGAGUGGUUAUCUCUGAAAAAGCUUCCGAAUUUGGGGUUUAUUCCAAGUAUUGAUGGGCUUACAUCUCUUCAGACCAUUUAUCUGAUUGGGCUUCCUAAUCUGAGGUUUAUUCCAAGUGUAGAUGGGCUUACCUCUCUUCAAAGGUUACAUUUGUCUGAAUGUGAAAUAGAGUGUCUACCAAGCGGGUUGUCAUCCUGCAUUGCUCUUAAAAAUCUGAUAGUAAGCAGGUGCCAUAACUUGAUCUCCAUUCCAGAAGAAUUGAAGGAAUUACAUUCUCUUGUUAAGUUAAAAAUUGUAGAUUGUUCAAAAUUGAGAAGCAUCCCAGAGAAUCCCCUCGCCUGUCUUAUUAGCUUGAAAAAAUUGAGUAUUGGUGGUUUUGGGGAAGAGCUAGAGGAAUUCCCUGGGCUUGGCUCCAUUCUUUGCCUGCAGACCUCCCUCCGGGAGUUGCGAUUGCAUGGAUGGAAAAAAUUAACUACAUUGCCACCUCAAAUUCAACACCUUAAUGCUCUAAAGAAGUUGGUUAUAAGUAAGUUUGAUGACAUGGAAACAUUACCAGAAUGGUUAGGAAACUUAUCGUCCCUAAAAAAAUUGCGUGUUGAUUCUUGUUCUGGAUUAAGAUGUUUAUUGAGUGGGCUGUCAUUCUACACCGGUCUCGACAAACUUGCUAUACAGGAUUGUCCUAAUCUUGUCUCUAUUUCAGAGGAAGUUCUCGGCCGUCUAACUCAAUUGAAGAGGUUGUCAAUUGGUGGUUUCUCAAAAGAGUUGGAGGAAUUCCCGGGUUUGAAUUCCAUCAACACCUCCCUUGAGCAGUUGUAUUUGCUUGGUUGGGAAAAGCUAAGUCAAUUGCCUCAUCAAAUUCAACACCUCACUGCUAUAAAGUACUUGUCGGUAUCCGGAUUUGAUGGAGUGGAAGUUUUACCAGAGUGGUUGAGAAACUUAUCCUCCCUUGAAUGUCUAGUUGUUCGAAGCUGCAAGAAUCUGAAACAACUGCCUUCUGCGGAAGCCUUUCGACCACUCUCCAAAUUGCGGGUUCUUGGCAUUGGUGAUUGCUCCUUGUUAGAGGAAAGAUGCGCCAAGGAAAGCGGUCCUGAGUGGUCCAAAAUUUCUCACAUUCCCAGCAUCUACAUAAAUGAGAAGCCCAUCAUCUAAUCCCAAGAUUGAGGUUUGCAAGAGGCAACAGGCAUGGAAUUACUUUUCCCUUGAAGAAACAUAAACACUAUUUGCCUUAAAACACCAAACUGACCCUCAUCCAAGAAGCAAGCAAUAGCAGAGGAAUGGAAUAAAAGUAGCUUCACCAAGCAAAAGAUGAUUUUGGAUGUUCUUGGAGGUGCUCAAUUUUAAUCAAUUAGGAACAUACCUUUAUCUCUCAUGUGUUACUUUGAAGGAAAACUGUUGCAGGUAAAAACCAAACCAAAGUUUACACUAGUUAUACUUCAUUAAAAGGCAUAUGCAUUU